GUGACGGCACACCCGUGGCUACGCCCCUGUCCUAUAGGUUUAAGUACAAAUCCUGACAUGAUGACAGAACAAUGUCAUGAUACCUGUAAAGCCUGUCAAAUCACAUUGGUUUGGAUCUGUUAACUGAAAACUACCCCCCUAACCAUAAGUUUGAUAACCGAUUGAAAAUUGUUUUGAUCCAGCAAGACACAGGGACUGGACAUCAGGUAGCUGAUCUCAGUUCAGACAUCAAGUGAAAACGGAAGCAAGUUUCAACAACCAUGCGACCUAAUUUCUUUCCUUUAGUGUUUGUUGGCGUGUUGCUGAUUGGGCUCUUUUAUUUGGGCUUCAACUCCAUCUGGCUAAGUGAUUUCAGGUGCAAUACUCCACAAACAAAUGGCAUCACGAAAGAGAAGCCACAUAAAGACUUGGGAUUGCAUUCAUUACCUGGGUUGUUGUACAAACAGUCCAGUGUCCUGAAUGGUCGAGCAGAUGUCGUUUGUGUGACACCAUGGUUGGCGCCAAUUGUUUGGGAGGGAACCUUUGAUCCUACACUGAUUGACUCUAUCUACAAACAACAGAACAUCACCAUAGCCACCACAAUUUUUGCUUUGGGAAAAUAUACACGUUUUCUCAAAGAUUUUCUGGAGUCAGCUGAGCAGCAUUUUUUUGUUGGAUUUCAGGUACAUUAUUACUUGUUUACAGAUCAACCAGAAGCAGUUCCUGAUAUAAAGUUCGGUGAAGAACGUCAGCUGAAAGUGCAGACAGUCCCGAAAAUGGAUAGGUGGCAGGACAUCAGUAUGGGCAGGAUGGAAAUGAUUGCAAAACUAACUGAGAGUGAACUGGUUAAUGAGGUUGACUACAUUUUCUGCCUUGAUGUGGAUACAAAGUUUUAUGCCCGCUGGAGUGUGGAGGCUUUAGGCAGUCUUGUAGGAGUGAUUCAUCCUUGGUUCUUUAAUUAUCCACGGGAUCAAUUUACCUAUGAACGUAGACCAGAGUCGCAAGCAUUCAUACCGCCUGAAGAAGGCGAUUUUUAUUACGCUGGUGGUGCAUUUGGUGGCUCAAUUCAGGAAGUGCAUAAGCUCACCAAAACCUGCAAUGAGCAGCAGAAAAUUGAUGCUGCUAAAUCCAUUGAGGCAAUAUGGCACGAUGAGUCUCACUUAAACAAGUAUUUUCUAUACAAUAAACCCACUAAGGCGCUCUCACCUGAGUAUCUUUGGCGAAAUAUUAAUGCCCAUUCGGACACCAUAAAAACAAUUCGCUUCUGUAGUGUAGAGAAAGAUGUUGCUGAGGUUCGCCCAAACUUAUAGCCACAGUUAACAAUUGCAGUAUUCACCUGCACUGACCAGCCCCACCUUAUGAAAAUUAACCAUGUUGUAAAAAAAAUCUCAGGAAAAACUGACAUAAAAACACAGAUUUUGACUGUAUAAUAACGAAUGUACAAAAACAGUUUAUAUCUUGAAUUUUACAUAAGAUAUUGUGUAUUUGUACAGCCUUUAAAUGUGUAAUGAAUGAUAUUUACUUGUAUAAAAACAGUCAAAACACCUAUAAAUACUGGUAAACACUACUCAGCCUUUUCAUGUUUAAUAAAUUAUAUUUAUUUGUAUAAAAAGUCAGAACACCUAUAAACACAGGAAAACACAGCUAUAAUUCAGCUGUUUCAUGUUUAAUGAAUGAUAUUUAUAAAAACAGUCAAAACACCUAUAAAUACGGGAAAACACUGCAAUUAUUAUGCUGUAUUAUUUUUAAUAACAGAUUUUUACAGUCAAAUUACCUUUAAAUAUAAUUAAAUACUGCGUAACACAAU